AUGUGUUUCAACACAUAUAUUCAACAUAUCAAAGCUGAAAAGUACCGCCAGUUCGGUUUCUCCCUCCAACUCCUUAAUCCAAUCCACUGGUUUCAGUUUGCUGAUGAUGCUGCGGUUAUUACUGGUCAGGAGUCGGAAAAUCAAAAUCUCCUUAAUCGAUUCUCUAUCUGGUGCCAAUGGUCCAACAUGGUUGUUAGGGUUGAUAAAUGUAGCACAUUUGGCAUCAAAAAAGUUUUAUCAAAAUCUGCCCAGUACUUGCCGAAGCUUUUGAUCAAUAAGGAUCUCAUACCAACGAUUAAGACUGGAGAAUCAUUUGA